UUAGAGGGGAAAGCUGGUGGACGAACAGUCGCCAUGGAAACGGCCAUACUGUCCGUCCUUCUUUCCCUCUGCACCAUCGUCCCUUUCAUUGGCGGCCAGGGGGCCCCUAGCGGAUGUAGUUAUAACUCCAACCAGCUCUACUGCGACAACAGCGGCCUGACGAGCAUACCCGAUCCGAUCCCGAGUGACGUCACCUUCGUCCGAAUCUCCGGAAAUACCAUCGUUCGGGUAAACUCGGGAGCCUUCGUGAACCUUCCUCAGCUACAGACUCUGUAUUUGAACGAUAAUGGCAUUCAGAGCAUCGCCCCUGGAGCCCUUAGGAAUCUUUCUAUGUUAAAAAAAAUUCAGAUGCAGGGAAACGAACUCACAUCUUUAGAAACUGACACCUUUAAAGAUCUUCCACAACUUCAGUCUUUAGAUCUCAGCAACAAUAAAAUCAACCGAAUACAGUCCAAAGCCUUUUCCAACCUUCCAAGCCUCUCAAGUCUAAAAUUUACGAACAAUGACAUAGUCACCGUAGAUGAAACUGCAUUCCAGCAGCUUGAUGGUCUAACGGAUCUGUAUUUGGCUUCAAACAACAUUGUUGAUAUACCAUCCCGGGCCAUCCAGCAGUUGCAGCAUCUUCAGUUCUUGACGCUUCAAGACAACAACAUACAAGUUGUUCGGAACGACUCCUUCAAUGAUUUAAAAGAUUUGAUGUUCUUGCAUCUAGAGUCAAACGAUAUACAAGAGAUCGAACUAGAUGCGUUCUCUGGGCUUUCGAUGCUCAGAAAACUCUUUCUACACGGCAACAAAAUCACCGCUAUCGCUGGAAACACUUUUGUGCAGUUGGCUAGCCUCACCAGCUUAGACGUCAGCUCCAACAGAAUAUCGUCUUUAGCCAGCUCGUCAUUUCAUGGUCUUGUCGUUCUGAAUGACCUACGCUUGGACGAAAACAGAAUAGAAGACGAAGACUUGACCGAACGCACAUUUGAGAGUUUAAACGCGCUUCGAACCUUGCAGCUUGCAAACAACCUCCUCACUGAAGUCCCGAAGCACUUACCACAGGGUUUAUCAACAUUACAGUUAUCCGAUAACAAGUUUACCACGAUCGGUUCAAGCGAUUUUCCGCUCCUCGCAAACUUGACGUACUUGUAUCUCGCGGGAAACCCUUGGAAGUGCGACUGUAACUUCAACGACUUCAAGAACUGGAUGAAGACUGCAACGGUACUGCAAGACGAGGCUCUGUUUCAGUGUGGGGUCUACUGCGAAGAAAACGACGGUUUGUACGUAUCUGAACUCCCGGAUAGUGACUUGACCUGUAGCGAUGUAACCGUGCCGUGUACUACAACGCAACUACCUACAACAACAACAACAAUUGUUACAACCACUGAGGAGACAACUACACCGCCUCUAACCAGCAGUGAGCCUACAACCAAACCUACAACGAUAGUCCCAACUACAGCAACUCAGUUUGAAUCUACAAGUCAGCCUAUGGCAGAAACUACAACAGAUGGUAUGGAAUCUACAACCUAUGAGCCGACGUCAAAAACUACAGCAGCUGACAUAUCUGUCGCUGUAACAACGCCGAAACUGAGCGAAACCAAGACGACUGAUGAAACAACUCCGAAACUUACCGAGUCAACGCCGACGACCAAGCCGAAGGUGACCGACGGCUACCCGACGAAACCGACGGUGAUUGCCGACACGACGAAGCACGUCUCUUCAACAGCCAAGCCUUUGGAGUCGUCACCAAAUGGCUUAACGACCAGCAAAGGAAAAACGACCAUAUUGACGAAGACUGUAGAACUCCCUUUAAAAACAACUGCGUUUCCGACGAAAGAUCCGCCGUUCCCACCAAAGACACCCACGGGAAAACCAGUCACGGACGACCCGAAACAACAGACCGGCACAGAACAGCUAGACACGGCGCUUGUAGUGGGCGUGGCUGUUGGGGCGUUCUGUGGCGUGGUUCUCGUGGCCGGUGCGAUUUUUCUGUCCGUGCGGUUCGGUCGACGCGGGUGCGUAUUGAAAGUUCCAGAGGACGCGCUACCCAUCCAGGGUAGUAUCAUGAUGCGUGAUAAGAAAGAUGACGUCAUGACAAAAGAAGGCGUCAGCAACCCCACAUACACGACGCAUACGGAAUUAUAGGGUAAAUCUAGAACUGAAAUAGUAUUCACAUUAAUCUAAACUUGACGAAUUUCUUACAAAUAUGAUACCAGAACAAGUGAAGUAGCCGAAGGGAUCAUCAUUUGCA